CCCAGCUAGGGCACCAACACCAAAAUCCACUUUGAAAUGGUCGAACCAAAGUCGUACUCCAAACAUAACGACUUGCAAAAAACCGACAACGUCUUCGUCUUGGACAACUUCUUCAGGCUGGUGAAGUGGAGCGGUGACGAUGAGAUCAUCCUCGACGUGGGGGUUGGGGACGGGAAAUUCGCGGUGGAAAAGCUGGUGCCCCUUUUCCCGAAGAAGUUCCGCAAGCUUGUGGGGUGCGACGUCUCCGAGAAAAUGGUAAUGUUCGCGAAAGACAACUACAAGCAUCCUAGGAUUGAGUUCGUACAUUUGGAUAUAUCCUGUGAUGAAAUUCCUGUCGAUUUUGUAUCGGGGUUUAACCAUGUCUUUUCUUUUUACACCCUGCAUUGGGUGUUCAAACAAAGACAGGCCUUCGCGAAUAUGUUCAAGAUGCUGAAACCUGGUGGGGACAUGCUAUUGAGCUUUUUGGCCAACAAUCCCAUCUAUGAAGUAUACAAUAACAUGUCAGAAAAUAUCAAGUGGAAGGCAUACACCAAGAAGGAGUACAUCUGCCCAUACCACGGGUCCAAGGAGCCUGAGAAGGAGCUGGAAAAAAUUUUAGUUGAAACUGGACUGAUCAGUCACGUUUGCAGAGUUGAGAAAAGGACGUACUAUUUUCCGAACUUGGAUAUUUUGAAAAAAUCCAUUAUUGCGGUCAAUCCAAUCAUACAGAGGCUGCCUACCGAAGAAGUGCCGAACUACGUGGACGAUUUCAUGAAUCAGAUAAGGAAACUCAGCAGUGUUACCAUCGAAAUGGUAAAUAAUAACGAGGAAGGGGUGCGAAUACAGUAUCAACUAUUAGUAGUCUUCGCCUCUAAGCCUUUGGAGAAAUCAUAGUUGUAAGAAUGGGGUGGUUUUUCAAGGAUAGUAAUAUGUAUAUUUAAAUUUAUUUUAACAAGGAACAUUUUUGUUCGUUCGAAUUAAAAUGAAUUGGUACUGGGACAAGUAUAACGUGAUAGAAUUAACAGCUUUAGAUAUGUUGCUUUAAUUUUUACGAUAGUCUAUGAACAUAUAGUAUAUUAAAUUUUAGUAUUCGCGUUCUGUUCAACAGGACGAGUGGAAACUUAUUAUAACAUUGAAGAUAAUAAUAAAAUGCAUUUUCCAAUAAACAUAUACUUUAUGCCAUUUUGUCUUCUUAAUGUUCCAAAA